UUUAAAUUGACACAUCACCAGAUUCGCCAGGCGCCUGCCAAAAUAGCGGGAAAUGGGACACGAAGCUUGUAAUGCACGCUCGCUUCCACGCAAACAUCUACUGCAAUUCAAGGAUAUCAAAAUUCACCCCGCCAAAAUUCGCCGCCAGAUAAAUUUCGUUGGAAUUCAAUUUCUGUGCCAAAAUCGCCGGCCUACAAAGAAACCUGCAAAUUUAAAACCCUAAUUUUCAUCUGUUUGGAUCCGAGAUCAGGCAAGUUAAGCAAACAAGAGAAGAUAUAGGUCAAUGGAGAUAUUGAGCGCAGAUACGUGCGUUCGUAUAGAAACAGAAAACAAGGAAAGAAUAAUAUAUGUAAAGGGCAGCUGGUCACCCUCCUCUUUCAUUCUCAAGAUAACAGACGGUCUUCAUGCUUGGAUUUGCUCUGGUGCAGAGCAAAUUGUGGCCGAUCGUGCAAGCCAAUGGGACCAGUCUGCUUCAGAGUAUCUGGCAGAUGCACAAAAGCAUCUUACUCACCAGCAGCCAGGCUCGGUAUAUUCUUUUAAGUCUGCUGGAAAUGGUGACAUGAGGUUGUCAUGGACAUUAGAGAAGGAAGGCACCAAGCUGGAAUGGCGAUGGAAAUGUGAAAAAGCACCAAAUGAUCAGCAAGUGACAUCUGAGAUAUUGGACUUCUUGCUUGAUGCAAAUACAAGAUUGAGUGAAGAAGUUGUUCGGAAGACACGCUCAUUUGACAGAAUGAAAGUGGAGGCCGAAAAAUGCCUAGCACAGAGUGAGAAAUUCAAGAAUGAGAAGAUUGAGUUUGAAUCUGCUAUCUAUGUGAAGUUUGUUGCUGUGCUUAAUUCAAAGAAAGCAAAACUCCGAGAACUACGACAGAGAUGCUUGCAUUUUGAACAAGCAACUGAGAAGGUUCAAGACGAUGAGCAGGAGUUCUCUGAUGAAGAAACAGACAAGGAGAGUGACCAAAGUAAUGAUGAAGGAAGCAGUGCGGUUCCUACACAUGAUGAUUCAAAGAACAUUGCAGAUGCAGAUUUUAAAAAGAAACCUACGAGGAAUGUGAGUGAAGAAAUUCCACCAGCAUCUACACAAGUCAGAGAUGGAGAAAAUAAAAACUCUGAAAAUGAAAAACAAAAUUCAAUGAAUGAAACAACAGACCUAGAUGAUUUAAAAAAGAAACCUGUGAAGAAUGCCUAUAAAAAAGGUCCAACAGCAUCUAAACAAGUCACAGAUAGAGAAAAUCAAAACUUAGAAAAUGAAAAGCAAAAUUUAAAAAAUGAAACAACUGAUCUAGAUGCAACACAAGUUUUAGAUGAAGCAGAUGUUUCUAAGUUUUUUAGUCAGGGGGAGCCUUUAUCAUCUGCUGCAGCUCUGCUUGCUGUUCCUGAAUACACAAGUGCACCUAAGAGAAGGCGUCGAGUAUGAUAUGCACGACUUCAUGUUUUCAUUUCAUUUUAUAAGCACAGAACUUUGCUACCAUUGCCUUGUAUUUUUACAGUGUACUGAUAACAUGAUAAAUAAUUCCAAGAAUUUGUGCAUAAUGUGGAUCUUUUUAUGCUCUUUGCUAAAGGAUCAAUUCCUGGACUUCGUGUAAUUUGUGGGAUAUAUCAGAGUUUCUAAAUUGAUAUGUGGUGCGUUCUCAUUUCUUCA